UCCAUGGGCAACCAUUUUCAGAUGCAUACAGUACUACCGUAGUACUGUAGAACCUCCAAAUGGUCAUAUUUUGAAGCACCAGCACACGUAGGUGUCUCCAGCCAAAAGAAGACGGCGAUUCUCAUGAUACAUCCAUGUACAUGAGCACUUCCACAUACAUGACCACUUCCUGCAGCGCGCAGAUCGUCCAGUUCGAAGGCUCCCAAAGCCAAUUUUUUAUCUCGCCUGUUUACAGCUCUGCUGGCGUUUUCAAUGCGUCGCUGCAGCGUCGUGACUGGCACGGCACCGAAUGACGCCGAAGCUCCUGCCGUCGAAAUACGCUCAUCAAAAGAACAAGUAAUUGUCUUCCUCUAAUAGUGAGCGCUUGUCGUACUGGUAGAGUAGUAACUGUUCUUCUUAUUGUGUCUCCAAAACGAACAAAGAUGGCUCAAGACGAGGAACGGUAUUUCUGGAUGUGGUACGGGGACCACGGAGCGUCGUGGACUCCGUUUGAUUGGGAUGGCACGGCCCAAUUGGAAGAGGCUCGCAAGGCUGGCACUCCCAAGGUGUUGAUUCGAGGCACGUUCUAUCAAGUCGACGUAAUGGCCAUGGAACAAGUCAAUUUGCAGAGUGGAUUUUCGCGACCCGUCAUGAAAGUGGAAGCUCGAUGGUACUGGCUAGAUGACGAUGGUCGUUCGUGGCAUUGUUACAAGCAAGAGGAUGCUUUGAAAUUGGCGUUGGGACAAUUGGCAGUGGAAGAACUCGGGCCCCAUUGCGGCGUGCAUGUGGUCCAACUGCAAUUUGGACAUGUCAUUUACGAAGUGGAUUUGGUACGGCGAAAACAGAGAAAUGCUGCCACGGGAACCGAACGAGAUGUGCAUCAAGGAUGUCCUCGAUCACUGCGUCAACUGCAUCGGUCUCUGGUAGUAGACGACAUUUCGGCUGCGGCGAUUCAGCAACAACUCAUUCAAGAAAACAGCAGCCAUAGUCACAAUUCUUCUUCCUGUCGAAACAACAACAACAACAACAAUUUAUCCACAUCCUUUCGCAAAAAUCCUUCGUUGCGAGAAAACGGCCUUCGGCAAGUGGUCGAAGAGGUUGCCAAUGCAUCGCAGCAAACAGGCGGAAAUGUCAUGAUGGACACGACUUCGACCAUCACUUCAAUCAACCAACAAGAGGGCCAUGCGCCUUCCGAAUCGCUGUGCUCCUGCUUGACGAGACUGUUAUUGGGCCAGAACACGGACGAUGAUGGAGAAGAAAAUGACACGGAUCCAUCACAGCAGUCCGCAAAGAACAACAACAAACAAUCCUCCCUGAUUAGCAACGGUAGUAGCCAUGUUCAAGAAUCGCCUCUCUCGACGCCACCACCACCGCCACAACCACAAGCUGUGACCACUACUACUAGCCCGCAAAAUUUCAAUUCACCACAACAAGCACCACCACCGCCUGCAGCAUCACCGCCUCCCACUCCCGAAGAGGCACCACCGCCAUCUCGAGGCUUUACCGAAGAAUACGCACGGUCCAAAGAUAUCCAAGACACUGUCAAAGUGGUGUGUCUGGGUCUCAACAAUACUCACAAAUCAUACCGCAAUCCAACCAACGCACAAGGAGAAAUGGGGGUCCAUCAGUACAGUUGGGGCCUAAAAAGCACGGACGACGAGGAAAAGGCCGUCUUUUGCAGUGUGUUUGAUUUUGUCGGUCAAAAUAUCCAUCAUGGCAUUUCCAAACUAUACUUUACUCCACGAUCCGUCUAUGUUAUUGUGUGGGAUUUGGGUGCAUCCAACCCAUUCACAUUUCCACGAAACAAUCAUCAUAGUUUUGGACUGGAACCCGCCAAGGUGGCAUUGGAACGAGAUAUUUUUGAACACGUUCAAUUCCUUGUCGAUGGCAUCCACAAACAUGCACCCGAUGCGGUCAUUUUGCCCGUGGCGUCGUUGGAUGGAUCCUUUCGUACGGCUCCAACAAAGCAGGAAUCGACAACGACGACAACACACAACACGACUACGACUAGCAUGGACGAAACCGAAAUUCAUCGACGGUGCCUGUUUCUAAAGCAGUACUUUCAGGAGGAACAACGAAAAACGCAAUAUGGGGAUAUCAUUUUUGGACCGGAUGAAGACCCAUUACUGCUGCUGGGUGGCGCACAAAAAGCUAGAAGCAAAAAAGCGCCCCAUGAAGAGAGACUCGAUGGACUGAAACGAAAGCUGAUUGAGCUCUCCAGUGACUCGGAUCUAUUCCCCGAUCUUGGGGAAAACAUCUCUUCCCGGUUCCAUCAGGUUCGUACGGCAGUCAAACGGUUGUCGCAGGACGGCACGAACGUUGUGCAGGUGGAUCAGCUUUACCAUGGAAAGGGACCUGGCAUCGAAAUGGAAGUCUUCAAAGCCCUGCAGUGGCUGUCGAAAACGGGAGAAAUUCUAUACUAUGAUACCAAUGAGCAAUUACAGGGCUUUGCGAUAUUGAAUUUGAAGUGGCCAUUGAAAGUCAUCAAUUCUCUUAUGGGUCCUAGUAGGGACCUGCGAACGACAGUCGAGUUGGCCAGGAGGAAUACUCCAGACGGACCCCAGAACACGGAUCCUUUGCACUUUGGUCCUGUGGCAUCCAUGGAUGACAUUGCAAUGCUUUGGCGAAAAGUAAUCCAGGUGGAAUGCGACAAUUCUGAAACCGAUGUGCUCUCGGAUUACAUGCGAGUAUUGCUGACGUAUGUUUCCGUGAUGGUCCCACUCGAGAUCAGCAACAAUAAUCCUCCCAACCGAAAGAUCUUCUUCAUCCCAGGCUUUCUUGGUUCUGGAGACUAUAAGGAGUAUGUCCACUUCUACCGCAACGUGACAUUCUCGGGAAUAACACUGUCGCAGUCGGUUCACUUUCAUACACCCGUGUCGUCGUUGGUGCUCGAGAGGAUUUGGGCGUCAAUUUUGGGACAUGUGUACUCCAAUGCCAAGCUUGGUCGAGAAACGGAUAGAACAGAGGGUCGGUUGUAUCUGAAGGAUAUUACAUGUUACAGAGACCUGUUCCACUUCAAGUUUCGAUUCUACACUCGUACCAGUAACGAGGAUAUCCAGCCGAGCGACGUGGAGGUGUACAUUCACUUUAUGGAUGCGUCGUCGCCGGAAGAGCUUUGUGUCGGUGCCAACUUUAUGGGUGAACUCAAACAAAAGAUGAUCAUCAGUGCCAAGGGUGAAGGGGGGAAUGGCGGGCGUGUUAUUUGGAAAGGCGGGUACGAAUGUGUGAGUGACGCUACCCAUCGUUUCCUUGGGGAUACAAUCAGCGAACUAGACUUGGAGCGGCAUUUCUUUUGUCCGUCCUGUCUCAAAGGAGAUCUGAGGCAGGCUCGUGCUUGGAACGCUUCAAUAAUUGAAGACAUGAUUGAAAGCGGAGAAGAAGAGCUUAUCUGUGGAUCGGGCCAUCGGGAGCGGACGCACUUGCUGUUGGGAAUAUCGACAAAAAAGACGGAAGACGUUGCCGGCUUUAGAUUACCAUCGUCUCUUCCGCCCAGUGCUCGGGCGAGCGCCUUGAUGCCCGGAGUCGUAAUGGUUGGAUUGUAUGAUCCCAAACGAUCUUCGGAACGCAUUCGAAAGGUGGGGUCUGGGUUCAUUGUGGACAAACGGCGCGGUUUGAUAGUCACUGCGGCACACACCCUCAUGAAACUUGAUGAUAGGAGGGAUUUUGGACGUGAUUUUGACGGGAUCGAAGGCGCCAAGGCUGUAAUUGGUGUCAUUCCAAAACGAAGUUCUGCUGGAUCCUACCCACCGGCCAUCUUUCGGUACUUUGCCAAAAUCUACAGGAAAGAUCCCAGCCUUGCCAAGCUAGAGUGUCAUGUCGACGCUUGCGUGCUGCAAAUCACAGCCAGAUUCGAGAAUGAUGUCAGCGGUAAUGGAGAUCUUUGUAACGAGGAAAGUCUUCACGAUCUGGAGGGAGACCUUUCGCUGAUGAGAAAGGAACCACUGGAGGAGCUCAAGGUCGUCCAGGAGGCGCAUAUUGGUGAGCCAGUUCGAAUCUUUGGAUUUGACCAACCAGACAGUUCAAGAUUGAAUCGGAGUAUUGAGAUCUCUCCUGGGCAGAUCCAAAAGCAAGUUUCGACGGAAGCAUUUGAAGGUGAGCGAUACCAGUACACACCGCGAAAGAAGAUUCUGUGCAAGUGCCCGACUAUUGUGGGGCACAGCGGGGGACCUUGCGUGAAUCAAAGGGGAGAGGUGAUUGGGAUCUUGAGCUGUGCCGAUUUUACGGAGAAGUCGCUGUGUUAUUUGGCGCCAACCUCCGAAUGGAUUCAUCUCCUCAACGCCGUGCCAGGCAACAAAACAUUACACUUGCAGCGUGCUGUUACAAACUAAGGGAACAUUGAAUUCAAGUAUCAUAGAACGCGCCAAGGAUACAAUAGACAAACUCUUUGGGAAGGAUGGUUAACUGUGCAUUAUACAACAGUAAAUUAUACAUUUGUUUAGUUCGCUCCAGCAUUGGAAUGCUCCUCGAUCGAUCAUUUACUUCUCGACCGUUGCUGAAACUUCUUGCGUUAGAAUCACAGCAGCAGGCUUGGAAUCGCUCUCGUCGUCCUUCUUUUCUUCGUUGCUGUCGUCAAUGAAUACAGGAUUUGCAACCGAUGCGCCAGAGUUUUCCAGCAUACUCAAUCUAAUCGCCUCGGCCAUGUCGUCUUCGUACUCCUUGUGGCAGCUGCUAUUAUUAACACGAGCUGCCGGUUUGCUUUCGACGACUUGGUUAUCAUCCACAGCAGCACUGGCACUCCUCUCUUGGAGAUCUUCGUCAUCGUCCACACUAAUAGGAUGUGCCGCCGUCCUUCCCACGGGGGUAGUAGUAUAACUGGGAAGCGUUGGCGCAAAUGCAGCACGCCCCAUGGAAGAGUCCCUCAAGGAAAGGUGCAAUGCCCUUGUCAGCUCGGUAUCUGCCCUGUUGGUUCCGAAAAUGUCGGGGAAAUCUCGAAACAGUGUGGGCCGUAGCAAGUCAUUCGAAGGGUGCUGUUGGUCGUCCUCAUCAUCGUUUGCAGGAAUUCUAGCCACAGAGGAAGAAGGAGGAGGAAACGGUGGUGGUGGUUGGUUUCCUCCUCUGGCCUGUGGAUCUUGGCCGGCACGGCGAUCUCUGGCCGAGGAAGGUCCCCAGAAUGGAAAGGGAAGUGGUCCAGUGGAUGAUUGGAAGGAUGUCAAUCCAAAUAAACUAUUGGGAUUGGAUCGCUGGCGUUUGGGCUGGCGAGGCUGCUGAGGCGUCGAAAAUGGAAUAGGAACGCCGGGAUAAAGGUGUCUCAUUUUGGCCGCCAUUCGGCUGGGGCUGAACGGAUCUCCUGCUGCGGAUCCGGCAGAAAACAAUCGCGAUCUUCGUUGGCUCCGAAACUCGCUGCCUGGUCCAAACAGAUCCAAUAGGGAAUUUCGAGGUCGUUCUCGACGUCGUUCUUCCAAGAAUUGUUUCAUGUUUUGUAGUUGUCCUCGAUCGGCUACAUUGGCGCCAGACCAGGACGGCAGACCCGUCACAUUGUCUACGAAACCGUGUCCAGGAUUACAGCCACACUGAGCGCCGACUUUUCGACACUUCCAACAGACUCGGUAGCCACAGAUGCAUUGAAGCUUCAUUGUUUCAUAAAAAAGAACAAAAAGAAUACAGUGGCGUCGUGUGAGCGAAAAAAGAAACAUCAAAAUGUCACAUGUCUCAGAAGAACGUAAACAACAAAUAAUAUCUCAGAUAGAUAAACCCACCUUGUCACAACCCGAGCUCUUGGUGAUGCGUCCUUGACAACCUCCGCAUUCCAACGUGUUGGCUUCCAGCCACGCCUUGGUAGACUCGUCGAUUGUUUCAUCCAUUGAUCGCUUUCGCUUCUUCUUUUUAGAAUUGCCAUUGCUGCCGGCAGGAACAAACGCACGUCCCAACACCAACGUCGCGUCUUCCACGGGUUGUCGACAAGUCUCUACGGGGCAUGUAGGCGCUGCUUGUCCCGUCUUUUCUUCCGUCUGGAACCAUUGUUUCAAACAGGUUGAACAACAAGAAUGACCGCAGGCGAGACACGGCCAGUAGUCCUCUCCGCCUUCGUUGUAGUCGUCAUAACAAAUAGGACACUGCUGUUGCUGCGCGACGCUUCCCAUGUUACUACUGGCUUGUAAAGGAACGAUGUAUGUAGCGACAACGGAGAAAGCAAAUAGUAGACAAGAAGGAAUAUUCGUGUCGAGAACAGCAACAGCAAAAGAGCAAAAGAGGUUCUGCUUGAGAGCGGCGUUGCUAUUGUGUUUACCGUAUUCAUAUGCCCCCUGGGUCGUCUCCGUUUCCAGUACUAGUUUAACUUGUCUACUAAUACAGGAUAAUGGUGAAUAGAAUCGAAUGAAUCAUGUGGCUUAUAUUUAGGGUUUAGGUUUUGCAAUUUUGAAGUCA